GUGGGACGUGGCCAUCGCUCGGUCUCCGGACUCCAUCCCGGAAAAGGCUGCCUUUUGCUCCUUAUAAGGCGCUGGCGGUGAGAGUGAGGUAACCAGCGGCUGCUGUGUAACAAAUCCCUCAGCAACUCUUCACAAGAGCUCCAGCUAGAAGCUUAACAUGGGCAAAUCAGCUUCCAAGGAGUUUUCCCGUGAAGUUUUAAAAACUCACAACGAUUAUAGGAAGAAACAUGGUGUUCCGGGAUUGCAACUUUGCAGCAAACUCUGUAAAGAUGCCAAACAAUACGCGGAGGUUCUGGCCAGCACUCGGGUCCUCAAACACAGCCCUGAAUCCAGCCGCGAACAGUGUGGAGAGAACCUCGCCUGGGCAUCGUAUGACCAACCCGGUAAGGAGGUGUCUGAAAGAUGGUACAGUGAGAUAAAGAAUUACAAUUUUAAUUGUCCUGGAUUUUCCUCGGGUACAGGUCACUUUACAGCAAUGAUCUGGAAAGGCAGCAGGAAGUUGGGAGUUGGGAAGGCCUCAGCCUCCGAUGGCUCAUCGUUUGUAGUUGCUCGAUAUUUCCCAGCUGGCAACAUCACAAACCGGGGCUAUUUUGAGGAAAAUGUUCUGCCUCUGAAGAAGUAAAUUUCUAGAAUUUGAAAAGGACUGUGGAUUCCAUCAGUAGUAAAGAAAGAAGGAUAUGAACUCUUGGAUAUUCACCUUUAUCAUUUAUCACCCAAUGAUUUGAUCCUGCAACAUCUUCAUCGUACAUUUCCUCAUAUAAUGCUUAAAAGGUCUUAUUUCUGAUAAACCUGUUGUGCCUUAUUUACAAAUUACAAAACAAGCCAACCAUUUGAAACCAGACAGAAUGAAAAGCCAGCCUGCUGUAUGUCACUCUCUGCUGCUCCACAACCCCCAACUACCGGGGCUUUGUGUAAAAAUAACUUACUGCAGUGGAUGGCAAUUUAGGGCCUGGAUGAAACAUGAUUUUCACUGAGCACAUUAUCCUUCUGCAAUCUCACCAAGAUCUCAGGCUGUCCAAGAGCAUGCAGGUUACUCUUAGUAAUUCAGCAAGUCAUUUAUUCUUCCCUUCUUAGUCAUUAGAUGGGCAUUUCACUUGAAUGGCUUUGACACACAUAUUCACUGUAGCCCCACCUAUUAUUGGGGAUAAAGGGAAAGCUAUCACAGCUUAGACAAACCUUGAUCUCAGCUACAUCAGCACAUCUUCACCUCCAGCUGGGAGCAGGCAUGGUGAUGAGGAACGCUUUGACUCUUCUGAGGCAAAAUGUAGCAUCUUGGUGCAAUCUGUCCCUGUUCCGUCUGAGAUCAGAUUACUCCCCAGAGAGUCCCAAAGUGGGGAUUGCAGGCUGCAGGUUCUCGCUGCCCAACCUGUUAGUCCAAAGAGGAGCAAGCUUGUAUUUAAUUUUUGAAAAAAGAUUAGAUAUGAUGGUGUUGAUUCUAUGGUGUAAAUUGGCUGAACAGGAAUGGUAUUGAAACUAUCCACCAUUUCAAAAAAUGAAAUCAACACCGUUUCCAGUUUGAGUGAGAAUCCAGAUGGUUGUGUUACAGAGAUGUGUUGGCUCUUGAAGUAGCAAUGGCAGCAGAACCAGAAAAGUUUUAGAAGCUAACCACAUGCUUUAAGAUAAUCCAAAUGUGUUCUCAGACUUCGGGUAGAUAGAGUGACACCUUCUCCUUAGUUUGGUUUGAGAAAAGACACAUGCAAAUAUAUGUUCAUAUUUUUGUGUUUCCGACUGACCACUGAUAUUCUCCAGCAAAACAAACACAGGACUAAACUAAGCAGUGGAAUUAAUGUGAAUGGUGGCAAUCAUAAAAGUACUUCAUAUGUUUUCCAUUUCCUACUACAAACUACCUAAAGAGGGAUUCAGUUCCAUGGUAGUAGUACUCUGGGGCUUCAGUUAAUAAGUAACAAAGAUCACUCAACCAGGAAAAGGAAGUUAAAAUCACAGAAUCCCUACAGUGUCAUUUGGCCCAACAAUUCUGCACUGACCCCCUGAAGAGUAACCCACCCAGAGGCAUAUCCCUACUCUAUUACUCUGCAUUUACCCCUAACUAAUGCACCUAAUCUAUACAACCCCUGGGUAAUUUAACGUGGCCAAUUCACUUAAGUUGUAUUGGCGUAAAUGAGACUUGAAACUCUCCGUAUUUUGGUUGGUUGUACAAGAUUCAACAAUCAACUGCAUGAGGCACUGGGAAUUUGAUUUCUCCAGACCAAAGCCUGUAUAAAAUGUAAUGGUUUCCUAACCAUAGGAAAGACAGAAGUUGGGAAAGAAACCAAUCUACAAAGCUACUCUGACUUUAGGAUUAGGAUUAACCAUGUCACUGCAAACAAUCAGUGAAGGACACUGAUCAAGGAAUGAAAAUUCGUUGCACAUUUCUUUACAAAAUAUUCAAUUAAAACCAUUUGAUGAUGACUGAGAGGUUUAGUUUUCAUGAUCUCUUCAAGCUUCUUUUCCCAUUGGCUGCAAUUGCACCACCUCAAUCCCUUUAAGCAUUGGAUUUCCCAUUUAUGAUUAGAUUCUCUACAUUUUGGAAACAGGCCCUUCGGCCCAACAAGUCCACACCGACCCUCCGGAGAGUAAACCACCCAGAUCAACACCCUCUGACUAAUGCACCUAACACAUGGGCAAUUUACCAUAGUCAAUUCACCUAACCAGUACAUCUUUGGACUGUGGGAGGAAACCAGAGCACCUGGAGGAAACCCAUGCAGACAUAGGGAGAAUGUGCAAACUCUACACAGACAGUUACCCCAGGCUGGAAUCGAACCUGGGGUCCCUGGGGUUUGAGGCGGUAGUGCUAACCACAGAGCCACUGUGCUACCCAUGAUUUUAUACUAUAUUAGGAUGUUUUCUGUGUAAUAGGAUUGCAAAGGAAAAUGGUUCCACAUUUUCUUUGACACCAUAACUGUUAACUUCUGUCUAUGAAACUUGAAUGCUGUACACUUUCUUUUAUAAUGGAACAUAUUAACAUAUUAAAUGCGUAUAAUCGAGACUGAGACCAAAGAUUUUUGAGUUCUAAAAGAAUCAUGUAAUAUGUGAAUAGGGCAGAAAUGCUUUUAUUGUGUAGCAGAUCAGGGUUGGGGGGCUGAAUGGCCAACUCCUCUUACAUUCUUAUGAUUUGCUUGUAAGCUGAAUACUUGUUAGCAAUGCCUUUCUAUAUUUGAGCACUGUUACAUUUUCAAAAGAAAAAUCGAAAUAUUAUUCUGUAUUAAAAAUCUUAUGUCUGCAUAUAA